AUGUGGAGUAGGGAAGGAUGCAAAGUGGACAUUCUGGGAGCCUUGUCUGAAAAAACUAAUGGAACCAUUACUAGAGUCAAGCCCGAAGAUAUUGAAAAAGAUUUUGCCAAUAUUUUAAAAGAUGAAUUAGUAGGAACUUAAGUUCAGCUAUUUGUGAGUUUGCAUCGAGCUUUAAAGUUCAGAGGAGAAGAUGAUCCUAAUCUGAAUCAUAAACUUAAAAGAGACAUAGGUAAUGCUACUAUUGCUACUACUCAAACAUUUGAAUAUUAAUUAAAAAAUGAUUAGGAGUUACAAAAAGAAUAAAUUGAUAUCAAGGAUUUAAAGACUGUUCCAUUUUAACUUAAGGUUAAUUACACUAAUCUAAAUGGUGAUAAACUUAUGAGAGUAGUUACUAAAUAGGUCUCAACAACAGAAAAUGCGAUGGAGGCAGAAGAAGAGGCUGAAGUAGAUGUCAUUCAUAAAAGAAUGACAUAGAAGACUGCAUAGAUAGCUAAACAAGGAAAUUAUUAACAGGCAUAGUCAUAUAAUUAGUAAUGGGAUGGUUACAUUCAAACAAAUGUUAACAUUAAUAGCAAUUCUGCUAACAAAGAGAAAAAUAGGAGUUUUCAAACGCAUAAUACAAAGUUAUAAACAACUAUGUGUAGAUAAGAAAUUAGAGAAGUUAGAAAGGAAAAAUUAUCAUCUCAGCCCGUCCUAACAGAAUAAUAAUAUUAAUAAUAAUAAUAUUAAUAAUAAUAACAAUAAUAAUAAUAAUAAUAAUAAUAAUAAUAAUAAUAAUAAUAAUAAUAAUUUUAACCAAGUUUUUUUGAAAAGGCAGCAUUAUUAUUUAAAGGAGAUGAUAACAAAUAAUAACCAUCUUAAUAGCAACCUUAAAUGGAUUUACAACCACCUUAAUAGCAACCUUAAAUGAAUUCACAGCCACUUAUGAAAUCUUCUGAGAGUCCUAAAAUAAAAAAUAUCAAUUUUUGCGCAGUAAAUUUCUAGAAAAAUGAAAUAUCAGAGGAUUCAAAUUUAGAAGAGGGGGACGAAGAUGAAGAUAUGGCAGAUCUAUAUUAAUAUUAAUAAGGAAAGUUUUGAAUUCAACUUCUAUAUUCAUUUAUUAAAUAUAUCAAGAUUUA